UUUGUUUUUGGAAAGAUGGCGGCCGUCCGCUCGAUUGCUGGCGUGGGAAAAAUUCUAAGUCGAUUUAGAUCGGUCACUCGGCAUCCGACCAGGAAUCUACACGUGUCGAAGAUGAACAACGGGCACGCUUCCGAAGACGGUCGAGGGGGAGAAUUGCAUUUUGCCACCAAGGCCCUGCACGUCGGCCAAGAACCCGAGCAGUGGACUCACAGGGCGGUGAUUCCCCCCAUCUCUAUGUCCACCACCUUCAAGCAGACGGCCCCUGCCCAACAUGCGGGAUAUGAAUAUUCUAGAAGUGGUAAUCCUACCAGAAAUUGUUUAGAAAAAUGCAUUGCAGCUUUAGAAGAUGCAAAAUAUGGUCUAUGUUUUGCUUCUGGAUUAGCUACUACUAUAAAUUUAACUUAUUUAUUGAAGUCUGGAGAUAGUAUUUUAUGUUUUGAUGAUGUUUAUGGUGGCACAAAUAGGUACUUCAGAGUUUGUGCUGAAAAUAUGGGCCUUAAAACAAUAUUUGUUGAUGCAAGAAAUCCUGAAAAUGUUAAGAAUGCUUUAAGACCAAAUACAAAGAUGAUUUGGAUGGAAACACCAACAAAUCCAACAAUGAAACUUGUUGACAUCAAAGCAAUUGCAGAUAUUGCAAAGAAUGCUGCAUCUUCUCCAAUUUUAGUUGUGGAUAAUACAUUUAUGUCAUCAUAUUUUCAGCGUCCUCUACAAUUAGGAGCUGAUAUAGUGAUGCAUUCUCUGACCAAAUAUAUGAAUGGCCAUUCUGAUGUUGUUAUGGGAGCAAUAGCAACAAAUAAUGAAGAACUUUACACUCGCCUCCAAUUUCUACAAAAUGCAUUAGGUGCAGUUCCAUCUCCAUUUGAUUGCUACUUAGUCAAUCGUGGCUUGAAAACGCUUCCUGUACGAAUGGAACGCCACAUGGAAAACGGUUUAGCUGUUGGAAGAUUUCUUGAAAAGCAUCCAAUGGUUGAAAAAGUUCUGCAUCCAGGUCUUCCAAGUCACACUCAGUAUGAAUUGGCAAAACGACAAUGCUCUGGAUUCAGUGGGAUGGUUAGUUUUUACAUAAAGGGUGGCCUGGAAGAAGCACAAACGUUUGUCAAAAGUCUGAAAUGCUUCACUCUUGCCGAGAGUCUGGGUUGCGUCGAGAGUUUGGUAGAAAUACCUUCUCUGAUGACACAUCAAAGUGUACCAGAAGAGCAAAGGAAAGAAAUUGGAAUUACAGAUAACUUAAUUCGGCUCUCUGUUGGAAUAGAAGCAAAAGAAGACAUUCUGGACGAUUUGAAUCAGGCUCUGAAAUGUGCCGAAAAGUUAGGACAAAGGAAGACCACUGUUUAACCGGAUUAAAAAUAAAGAAAAAUUUUUAAUUGUAUUUAAACUAGAAGAUAGGGGGUGGGCAGGUGGACAGCACUGGGGAAAUACUUUUGAAUUAAAACUACUGUUUUAAAAUUAA